GAUCCAUUGUCAUCUUUGGUUGUUUUUGUUUUUCGCGCUUUGAUUGAAAAACAAAUCUGAUACAUAUAAAGAGAAAAAUGAAACUGUUAGUAAGUGACGGCAUAGUAAGAAAUGAAACGAUUUUGCCGAUAUUUAAUGGUUUCUUCGUGUGUUGUUUAUGUGGUUGUCACCCUGAUAGCUGUGUACAAACUAUAUUGUGUGGUUGGUGACAAAGAAAGUGAUGGCAUUUCCCAAUUGCAUUAUCCUGGCAUGAAUACUCAUAUCUCCAAAACAGAGUACUUGAAAAUCAAUUUGAACAGUGAGACAACAGAUAAAAGAAGUAACGUGGAAAUUUGGGGAAAAGCUGCUAUAGCGAAAUAUCUGUGGCAUCAUAUUUUGGAUGGAAAAGUUGAAAAUGGAGAAGGUGGUUUAGUUGAGACAGGUUUCAAAAUACUGCAUGGCAUCAACUUUACGUAUCGAUAUGGACCAGGUCUUAUACAAACUACAGUGCCUAGUGAUGUGGAAAAACUUGUGCUAGUGUUAAAUGGUCGCUCAGAAGAGAAAAUUAACGUUGCAAAGCAGUGGUUAGAUUAUGUUCCUCUUUACAAAAAACUGACCCACAUUGCCGUUGUGUUAUUAGGAGAUGAAGGUUGUAGUAAUGAUUGGCUCCUUCCAUAUAUGAAGUCCAGAGGAGGAAGAAUUGAUGUUGCCUUUCUAGUGUAUGAUUCACCACUGAUUGAUAAUGUCCAGUUUUAUCAGUGGCCUCUUGGAGUUGCGAUUUACCGUGGCUUCCCAGAUGUGAAACCUAAAGAUUUGGAUCUCAAGUCAUCUCGAUCCCUCACCUGUAACUUUUUGGGAACAAUAUACGAGAACUCAUCACGCCAGCUACUAACAGAUGUAAUAAAAAAGUCUGGUCUGCAGGAUAGUUGUUACAUAAAAGGCCGUAAGAAGUGGCAGCCAAAUGAAACUCCAGAAACGCUCAAGAUAUAUAUGUCAGCAAUUCUUAAAUCAGACUUAACACUUAGUCCAGUGGGAAAAAAUACUGAGUGUUACCGUAUUUAUGAAGCAAUGUCAUUAGGAAGUGUCCCUGUUGUAGAAGAUGUUGUUACUCCAGGAAACUGUGAUACGACUGCAGACUCUCCACUAAGGUUAUUGAAGCAGUAUGGGGCCCCAAUUAUUUAUGUUAAAAGCUGGCACCAGCUUCAUAUUGUGCUUCACCAGGAAUCACAGUUGACUGUUGAAGAAAAAGCUGCAAGGAGAAUACAAGUCACUGAGUGGUACAGAAAUUUCAAGACACACAUGAGUGCCUCAUUUGUUCAAGUAAUUGAAAAGAAAUUUUUAUAAAAAAAAUAUACUUUUCAUUUUGUAUAUUCCAAGUUACAGUUUCUAUAUUCUAUUGUUCAGUAUUAGCAGGUAAUUUUUGUGGAACUAAUAUUUCUGGUAGAUGAUAUUUAAAUAGAGUUAAGAACCUUAUAUGAUCCGCUGUUGUCAUUGUGACAGAAAACCAGAACAAAUUUAUUACUGUAUAUGAAAAAAGGUGUUUGUGCUUUUUGCUCUUGAAAUACAAAGUAUGUGUUUGCUAAAAUUUAUUGUUUAAAGCAACAAAUGUACAUACAUUUUAUCUAAUGUGCCAAAUAGGAAAAAAAGAUAGUGUGCCACACUUUGUUUUGUUUAUCUUCAGUAUGUUAUAAACUUCUUGAUUUGGUAUUUUUUGUAUGUUGAUGUAGCUGAUUUAAUAACACCAAUAAAAUUUGUCAUGGGUGGAA